AUGUCUGGCACUGGCGCAGAUCAUGCUGCGCCGGACCUCGGUGUCGCCAUCCGCCAGUUACUCAACCAGCAAGCCGAUAUCCAGUCGAGGCUUUCUGUUUUGAUCGCUGCCCGACAUGGUCUGGAAAUCCCAGUUGAGCUAGACAUGUUACGCCAUAAGCUGCGCGUUCUUGAGGAUCUGGCAGACCACUACGAUCUGGCAUCCAAGAUUCCUAUUCUCUCUGGUCCAGAAGAAGCGCGAGCGCUUCAGUAUCGGUGUGAAUGUGUCGAGGCAGUAUGCUUGCAAAACGAAGUGGAUGUUAUAGAGCCGUUGAGGAAGUCGCUGCCCUCGGCGCCGCCAGACUUUGGUAUCUGGUUGGAAAGGCAUCUCGAACUGCACGAUUCGAUUCCACAGCAUCGCUCUGAAGCGCACGCAGAGGCGGUUGGGUGGAAACUUCGAUCGAUGCUAUCUUUCAAAUGUUGGCAUGACCAAUGCGCCCACUAUGUUUACGGCUUCGCCAGCCAAGGAGAAAGAGACAGUCACAGUCUUAUUCACCAAUCCCCCGCAAAGAGGGAUUCUGGAUUCUCUGUGGAAACCUCUCCCCCAGUGCCAUCCAUCGGCGAGCAAUCUCUUCGGCUUCUAAACAGUUCCCAAUCGAAUCGACAUCCCCCACCAGUGCAAACUGCAAACCUGCCUCCGUCUUCUAGUUUAUCAGUCAUCAGCCCCCAACUUCCACCCGAAGAAAAGGACGACUUAUCCGCAAAUUAUACCUUUCAUGCACCAACCGGGCCCAGGGGUGUGCGCAGGAGCUCGAGUGACGCCGAUAUCGAAGCCAUGCUACCGCCUUUAAAAAGAUCAAAGACAAACCAACCGCGGUUAGAAUCCAUUGGAGAGCUCCAGCUAUUUCCCGAGACAGGACCGUGCCUUCGGUGCAGAAUAGCCAAGAAAAAGUGUGAUACUAAUAAGCCUUGUUCGAAUUGUUCCGAUAAUCCCCCUUCUGGAAAGGAGGAGCAUUGGGGCGUAAUAGGCUGUUUUCGUAACCCGCUUGCUUCCUUUGCAGAUAUUUUGCUACCCGGGCCCAUAUCUCCAAGACAAGCCCGCACUCCAAUAACAUCCCCUCUUUCGCAACGCCGGGGCAUAAACGAGUACCUUGAAUCCGCUUGUUCUUUCCCCGACAACUUCAAAGAGAUCGUCAAAGAAAACGCUGACUUUCCGGACGGUUUCUGGUGGUCAGCACAUCUCGACUCCAGACACAGCUCCACCGACGGGACAUCAGGAUAUAACCGCGAUGCACCCAGGCGGGCCCCUCCCGUGCUCGCUGCCAUCGCUAGUAGUUGGCACGCGCAGGAUACCGCCUACGAUCUUUUCCAGCUGCUUCGAAUCACCGGUUCAUUAUCGACGUCGCGAGAAAAUGAGGAGGCAUCAUUUCCAACAUUGUAUUCCGCCAAGUUAUUACUUCGCGAGGCUAUAUUUUACGGAAUCAUUCACCCGGAUCCUCUUUUUCGUGUUGGAUCAACAUUCAACCUAAAGAAUCCACCCGAGGGAGUUGAUUUAGACGAGCAUAUGCGGCAACUCGAGGACUGUCUGCUACGGUUUCUCCAAUCAUUUGAGAUAAUGUGCUCUUCUAGAUCAGAUAAACGACCAAGGGAUCUUCUAGCGGAGUUUCUCUCGGUUUGUAUUUUCAGCGCAACGAGGACGCUUUUGCUGGACAUGGCCCCAGCUUUGAAUGCUACGCCAGUGUUCCAGCACCAACUACGAUCCCCGACAGGCAACACCAGCCACGUUAUCCAUAGCAUGUACCGGGCUUUGGUCCAGCUAUUCUGUUCAUCCGGCCCGCUCUUUACAGAUAGUUGGGAAGGAGGCAUGUCCCAUGAAGACUCGUCUCUCUAUUACAGUAUCAAUCACCUAAUUCGGAGAGAUAUGUGGGUAAAUGAAGGGAUCGAGUCAAGUGCCGAUUUUCUUUUAAAACUUGGCGACAGCUAUUUUGAUAGUUGGGGUUUCAAUGGCUUCCUUCGGCAGCGAAAACCAAACAGUUCAGCUUGGCAGUCGUCUUCCGCGCCUCUCCUUCGUUCUGUGCAAGAACAGCAUCGGCCCCAGCUGCCUAUGGUGGCACCGCCGCUUGGUCCCCAAAUGUGGCAUUCAAGUUUCCAAGAUGACGUAGGGCUGCCGCAGCGUCGCACAUCGGACCUUGGGAGUGUACCGUAUGGUCCAGAGGUGGAAAGAGCACGACGGCAUACAGUAGGUGAAGCAUCUGUAACCCCAAGUCAGCUUGAAACUCCGUGGAAAGCUCCUGGCUCUCCGUCGCGAUUUAGGUCUCCCUAUCAUCGACCUUUGCGACGCGUGUACUGCGUCAAGUGCAAUGAGUACCCUGAAGGAUUUCGAGGGGAACACGAGCUAAGGAGACAUACUGAUGCAAAACACUCGGCAAUGGUUCGUCGUUGGGUUUGCUGCGAACCCGAAAAUGCAAGAGAUGCUUCCCUCAAACCAGUCGUGUCGCUAUCCAGUUGCAAGGCAUGUAUGGCUCAAAAGCAGUAUGGCGCCUACUAUAAUGCUGCCGCACACUUACGACGGGCACACUUUAGUCCUCAUCGUGGUGGCAAAGCCAGUGGUGACUGGCCGCCUAUGUCCGUCUUGAAAGAUUGGAUGCGAGAAGUACGGCAACCACUUGAUCCUAUGCAAGCAGAAUAUCUCAGCGGAGGGGAAGAAGACGGUGGUGAUCCGGCAUUAGAAUCAUCAACAUCUACAUCCAGGGCCAUACCGGAAGCAUCAGCGUCUAGGGCUUAUAUGGUGUCCCCUAUAGACGAUCCGUGGCGACGUGGGAGCUCAAGUCAGUCUACUCAAUCCGGACCACGGCCGACGGAUAACCGAAGCCAAUGCCCUCACCCAGACUGUGGGAGGAUAGUUAAAGAUCUGGCGGCGCACAUGCUGACACAUCAAGAAGAGCGUCCAGAAAAAUGCCCUAUUGUCAGUUGUGAAUAUCAUACAAAGGGAUUUGCUCGGAAGUACGACAAGAAUCGCCACGCUCUCACGCAUUAUCGAGGUACAAUGGUUUGUCCCUUCUGUCCCGGAGUGGGUUCCCCAUAUGAGAAGGCCUUUUGUCGAGCAGACGUCUUCAAGCGGCAUCUUGCCACAGCCCACAAUGUUGAUCAAACGCCAACAAAUAACCGCAGCGGCAGUCUGGCGCAUCUUCUGGACGGCCAUGGCCCAACUUCUACACACAACUUUGGGGCCCGUUGCUCAAUUUGCGGGGGCCGGUUUGCCACAGCGCAGGACUUCUACGAGCACUUGGAUGAAUGUGUACUUCGGGUUAUUGUGCCUGUGCCCAUACCUACCGCAAACCACACCCGUCCACAGCAUUCAGAAGCGGCAGAUUCUAUCAGUCCGUUGCAAACUGAAGCCCCCAAUAGAAUGUCUUGA